GAAAAUGACGCGCACUUGGGACUUAUACUCGAACUUGGAUCGGCUCAAGCUUCUCAGUAUUGCAGAGCUACAAGAUCUGCUUCAAGAUGAAGAGAAGAUUCACGGAAUCAUUAUUGCCAGUUAUAAGUUCCAGGCACUUGAGCAGCACAAACAGAUGAUGCUGGCGUCCAACCACAGACUUGCAGAGGUCAAUUUAUCAAUACGGCCUUAUCUAAACCGCGGGAAACUACGAUUGGUCGAGAUGUAUCUGGAGCUGGGCAGAGUCAGUGGUGAUAUUGGACGGAAGCAAAACAAACUAGUGGCACAUCAGAUUAACUUGAAGCCUUACAUAAUGCAGACGUUGCUCCGAAAAAGAGUUGGCCAAACCAUGGACCAAUCAGAGAAACUUCUGAAGAGAUUCAUGGAUCAGAGGUUAUCAGCAGAGCGGUUUGUGGACUCCUAUGAAACCCUCCGUAAGCUCUACCACAUCCGACUCGUGAAGCUAGAAAAAAUGAAAGACUUAUUUAAACCUAUGCGGAACACAGAAAAGAGGCCCCCCUCUUCGCUUUGCUGCUGUGCCUGGUCUCACCAAUCUGAGGUACACCGCCUUUGCAGCUGCAUUGGCUCAACCCUGACCUCACCAAAUUGCCGCUAUCCCCUCACCACAUACCUCGUCAAGACAUCGCACCUUCCUCCACUUGACUAUCACCUUUGCCAUAACAACCAGUGGAAGCCUGCCGCUACUUCUCUGGACCCAAGACAUCCAGAGGAAGAGGGGAUUUGUGGGAAGCCCUCUAGAGGGGGGUAA